AUGCUCCCCAAAAAAGUGAAAAAUGAAUUUGGAAAAUCAAAUGCACUUAAUUUGCAGCAAUUGUUGUUGAUUGCAUGGAAAACUCUCUCGAAGGAAAUGAAAAACUUCUUACGAGAUCUUAGUGUAGAAGCAGAAAAAAACGAAAAUCUUGAUGGAAUGAGGCAGCGAGGAAGAGUUGAGACUUUUAUCCUUAGCUUGAAACAAGCGAGUAAUAGUUAG